GUGAAACUGCAGACCUAAGUAAAGUGUCCCUUAGCUGACGGACAGACAUACAGACAGACAGACAGAGCUCCUCUGGUGCUGCUGAGGGACAAAAUGUGGCUUCGAGACGAGCUUUUGAAAUCCAUAUGGCACGCCUUCACAGCCCUGGACGUGGAUCAACGUGGGAAAGUUUCCAAAUCUCAGCUAAAGGUGCUGUCCCACAACCUGUGCACAGUGAUGAAGAUCCCUCAUGACCCCGUGGCCCUUGAAGAGCAUUUCAAAGAUGAUGAUAAAGGGCCUCUGUCCAACCAGGGCUACAUGCCAUACCUCAACAGGUUUAUUCUCGACAAGGUACAAGAGGAUUUUGAUAUACUGGAGUUCAACAAGAUGUGCUGGACACUGUGCUACAAGAAAAAAAUCUGCACUAAACAUCUGCUCAUCUCAGAUGAUGAUGCUUUCAAAGUCUGGUGCAUUUUCAAUUUUCUGUCAGAAGACAAAUACCCACUCGUCAUCAUUGCUGAAGAGAUUGAGUACUUCCUGCGAAAGCUGACAGAGGCCAUGGGGAGCGGAUGGAGUGAGGAGAAGUUUUUAAAUUACAAGGUGCAGCUGCAUGCAAAGACGAACUGCCUGACGGCCUGGGAGCUCAUUGAACUGGUGGGGAUGGGUUACUUCAGCAAGGGCAUGAACUGCCAGACCCUGUCGAUGGGCAUCACGGAGGUCUUUCAGGAGCUCAUUCUGGAUGUGCUCAAGCAGGGAUACAUGAUGAAAAAGGGCCACAAAAGGAAGAACUGGACCGAGCGCUGGUUUGUCCUUCGGCCCAACUCACUGUCGUACUAUGUCUGUGAGGAUCUAGUGGAGAAGAAAGGAGUCAUCAACCUGGAUAAAACCUGCUGUGUGGAGUCUCUGCCGGAUAAAGAAGGGAAGAAAUGCUUGUUUAUUAUCAAGUGCACUGAUAAAAGCUUUGAGAUCAGCGCAUCAGAUAAAAAGAAGAAGCAGGAAUGGCUCCAAGCUAUUCAAACGUGCAUCCAGCUGCUGAGGUUGGGGCUGCCGUCUCCUCACCGUGAGGCCCGGCUGCGGCGCAGGGAGCUCCGGCAGAGGCAGCAGAUGGAGGACGACGACCUGGCGGAAAGGAUGAAGCAGCUCCAGGCGGCCAAUGAGACCAAACAGAGACAGCUGGAGGGUAUGAGGAAGAAAGUGGAAGAGGCCGCAGCUAAAGCAGCAGCAGAGGAGCACAGGAGGAAGCAGACUCAGUUAGACCUGCAGGAUCGCUACAGACUGGACCUGGAGAGAGAGAAAAUGGUGCGUCAGCAGAUGGAGGAGCAGGUGGCUCAGAAGUCCAGUGAACUGGAGCAGUACCUGCAGCGCGUCCAGGAGCUGGAGGACAUGUACCAUCGGCUGGAGGAGGCCUUAGAGGACGAGAGGCAGGCGAAGCAGGACGAGGAGGCCAUGCACAAGCUGCAGGCUAGGCUGCUUGAAGAGGAGGCAGCAAAGAGAGCAGAGCUGGAGCAGAUCCACCUGCAGCAGCAGAGGGCGCUGUCUCAGACUGAGGCGGAGAAGCAGGAGCUGGUGGCCGAGCGGCUGGCCAAGGAGAGAGACUUGCAGGCAGCCAUGCAGCAGCUGGAGAGGCUGGAGAGGGAGCGGCACGGAGCGCUGGAGCAGUACGAGAAGUUGACAAGGAAGCUCGAACGUGCAGCUAACAAGACCAAGACAUGGAAGGACAAGGUGGCCCAUCAUGAGGGCCUGGUGCGUCUCAUUCAGCCAGGUCAUAAAGGACCUCAGAGAAUGACUAACUGGGGUCCGGCAUCAUUCACUGAUGGUGAGCUGGAGCUGAGGAAGAAGUUGUGGCAGGACAGUAAGAACCACGGGGCUCAGCCUCAGUGAACACUCAAAUUAUCAGACGGAUCACACACUGACGAGAGAGACUCACAUUCAAGGUCUGAAGAGGUUUGAUAACAUGGACUUGCACCAGCUGCAGAGAAAACAGUUUUACUGAUUUAAUUCGGGGUACAUUUAAAAGGGCAGCUGGGACUAACUGCAUUUCAGUUUCUUUUGUAACAAAUAUUCAUAUUCAUGCAUAAAAAAAUCAUUUUUGAACUUUGAGGAAGUAGUUUGACUAAAAAAAAAAAUCUUAGUCCACUUUCAGCUUUUUCUGGAGCAUCUCAGUAGAUGCGUUUGUCUCAUUAUCGUUAGGAUAGCAAUGAUGGGUCGUCUCUGAAGAAGAUGUAAUUGAAAGCGCUAGGAAAAAAAAAUAAGUGGGCAGUGAGUUGACAUUAUGUUAUUAAAAAAAUGCAUUCUCAUUCAGAUUUUAUUUUGUAUGUUAGUUCUGUGUUUAACUAUUUUGCAGUUUUUUCAUGUUUUUGUGUUUUGACAUGUUGCGAGUAUAACAGUAGAUUAGUUUUCCACUUAGGCUCGGUUUCUUAGCUUAAAUUGAGUGAGUCGCAUCUGUUACAGCCUAAACCAAGAUGAUAAAAAAAAAAAGCGCCACCUAUUUUUUAUGAAAAUGGAUAAUAUUUUCUUUCCAGAAUUGCCAUCAUUUGAUAGUUUUAGGAGAAGUUGUUUAUAAAUAAAGAUGCUUAAAUAUGUUA